CUGAGACUGGACACCAGAGAGAAGAUGCAGAGCAUUAAGUGUGUGGUGGUCGGAGACGGAGCUGUCGGGAAAACGUGUCUCCUCAUCUGCUACACCACCAAUGCCUUCCCCAAGGAGUACAUCCCCACCGUGUUUGACAACUACAGUGCCCAGUGUACCGUGGAUGGAAAAACUCUGAGCCUAAACUUGUGGGACACGGCCGGCCAGGAAGAGUACGACCGGCUCAGGACAUUGUCCUACCCCCAGACCAACGUCUUCAUCAUCUGCUUCUCCAUUGCCAGCCCACCAUCCUAUGAGAAUAUAAAGCACAAGUGGUAUCCCGAAGUGGGCCACCAUUGUCCCAACGUUCCCAUCCUCCUGGUGGGCACCAAGAAGGAUCUAAGAAACAACCCCGAUCUCAUCAAAAAGCUAAAGGAGCAGAACCAGCUCCCAAUCACCUACCAACAGGGCGUCAGCUUGUCCAAGCAAAUCCAUGCAGUGAAGUACAUGGAGUGCUCGGCCCUGAACCAAGAUGGCAUCAAGGAGGUUUUUGCCGAGUCCGUACGAGCCGUCCUCAACCCAAAUCCGGUAAAAAAGAAGAAUCCGUGCUUCUUACUGUGAGAAGAAGACGCCGCCAAGAGUACGUUCUCAUCGUCGUGACCUCCUUCCCUUAAUCGCAGAUCAUGUGACUUUGUCCUGAAGAACCACAGCCCAC